CUCUGGCUGAGGCCAUGUUGCGACAGCUGGGCUGCGGGAGCCGAUUCCCCCUCAGCCUGCGCCGGGCGGCUUCUUCAAUCCGGAGCGCAGCGGGGGACGGGCCGGGGGGCUUGAGAGCGGGAGCACGGCACAGGAACCAUCCCAGGAGAAGUCUUGUCAGGACAAUUUUUAUAACCAUGGCAACAGGAGGCAGUGAGGAGCCACCAUCUUCACUGGGCCAAAAGAAGCACACCAACCGGUUGAUCCAUGAGAAGUCCCCCUACUUGUUGCAACAUGCACAUAACCCUGUGGACUGGUAUCCAUGGGGACCAGAAGCUUUUGCCAAAGCAAAGGCAGAAGACAAGCCAGUCUUUCUAUCAGUUGGGUAUUCCACGUGCCAUUGGUGCCACGUUAUGGAACGUGAAUCAUUUGAAAAUGAAGAGAUCGGUAAAAUAAUGAACGAGAAUUUUGUUUGCAUCAAAGUUGAUCGAGAAGAACGGCCAGAUGUUGAUAAAGUUUACAUGAUGUUUGUGCAGGCUACAAGUGGAGGUGGAGGUUGGCCGAUGAGUGUGUGGUUGACCCCUGACCUUGAGCCCUUUGUCGGAGGGACCUACUUUGCCCCCGAGGAUGGUUCACAUCGGCCAGGCUUUAAGACAGUGCUGAAGAACUUGGCUGACCAGUGGAAGAAAAACCGGAGUGGAAUUAUCGAACGUGGCAACAAGAUCCUGGUUGCGCUGCAGAGGGGUGCAGCAGUGAGCUCUGACAAGGAGGGAGUGCCACCAUCUUGUCCCCAGGUGAUGGAGAAGUGCUUCCAGCAGUUGUCUCAUUCUUAUGACGAUGAAUAUGGAGGAUUCAAUGAGUCACCUAAGUUCCCAUCACCAGCAAACUUUAAUUUCCUGUUUCGUGUUUGGGCUUUAAACAAGACCUCUGCGAAUGGAGCCCGAGCCCUGGAGAUGGCUCUGCACACGCUGAAAAUGAUGGCUCUUGGAGGAAUUCACGAUCAUAUCGGGCAGGGCUUCCAUCGCUAUUCCACAGACCGGCACUGGCAGGUGCCCCACUUUGAGAAGAUGCUGUAUGAUCAGGCGCAGCUGGCAGUUUCCUACACAGAUGCUUAUCAGAUUGCUGGUGACACAUUCUUUGCAGAUGUUGCUCGAGAUAUUCUGCUCUACGUCUCACGAGAUCUCAGUGACAAGUCUGGGGGCUUCUACAGUGCCGAGGAUGCAGAUUCGCACCCUUCAGCCAACUCUGUUGAGAAAAAAGAGGGAGCUUUCUGUGUGUGGACAGAGCAAGAAAUCAGAGAGCUUCUCCCAGAUCCAGUCUCAGAUUCCACGCAAAGCAUAACCAUGGCCGAUGUCUUUGCCUAUCAUUAUGGCGUGAAAGGAAAUGGAAAUGUCGAACCAGCACAGGAUCUUCAUGGAGAGUUGAAAAACAAGAAUGUCCUCAUAGUCCGUCACUCACCACAGUUGACAGCGACCAAGUUUGGCUUGGACGUGGAGAAGGUGAACGACAUUCUGAGCACAUGCAGGAACAGGCUGUGUGAAGUCAGGAAACAGAGGCCGCGUCCUCACCUGGAUAGCAAGAUGGUGGCAUCGUGGAAUGGUCUCAUGAUAUCUGGAUUUGCUCGAGCCGGUGCAGUUCUGGGGGAGAAAGCUUACAUUCGACGCGCAGCACAGGCUGCUGCCUUCCUGAAGGAGCACAUGUUUGAUCUGAACAGUGGACAGCUCCUACGCAGCUGUUACCGUGGAGGUGAAAAUGUGGUGGAGCAAGGAGCGAAUCCCAUCAGUGGGUUUCUGGAUGACUAUGCGUUCGUUAUUCGAGGUCUGAUAGACCUGUACGAAGCUUCCUUUGAGGAGCAGUGGCUGGAAUGGGCUUUGAAGCUUCAGCAGAAGCAGGAUGAACUAUUUUGGGAUGCCAAGGAAUUUGGUUACUUCACUGAUGAUGCCCGUGAUCCAUCCGUGCUGAUUCGCCUUAAGGAAGAUCAGGAUGGUGCUGAGCCCAGCGGCAAUGCUGUGGCUGCUUCCAAUCUUGUACGGCUGGCAAACUUCACCAACCAGCCAGACUGGACAGUCAGAUCGAAGCAAAUUAUGACAGCAUUUGAAAAGCUGCUGAGUGGUAUUCCUGUGGCCCUACCAGAGAUGGUUAUUGGCUUGAUGGUGCAACAUCAUCACCUCAAACAGGUCGUGAUCCGUGGUGAGCUGGAAGCACCUGACACACAGGAAUUGAUAGAGUGCAUCAAUGCACACUUUGUACCCAACAAGAUAUUACUUUUGGCAGAUGGGAACUCUGAGAGCUUCUUGUAUCAGACACUGCCGUUCUUAUCUACCUUAGAAUUGAAAGAUGGCAAGGCUACAGCCUACGUUUGCCAGAACUUCAGCUGCUCACUACCAGUUACCUCAGCUGCCGAACUCAAAACAUUACUCAUUAAAUGAUGUGACAGUAACUCAGCAAAAAAAUAUGGAACAGCAACAGGCAAAUCACUUACUACAAAUGCCUGUGAAUAUUGUGUGAUUAUUAACACUGUAUUUAUUCUUGGGAGUAAUAUUUUGUGUAGAUGGAGAUGAUCUUCUUUGUGGGAAAAGCUUUGUGUGAUAGCACAAAACAGAUGAUCAUAUAUUUCCAACAGUAAUUUUCAUUUGAUCCUUAUAAUAGUUCUCAUAAUUGAACAACUUGGCAGAGUUAAUCUUUAGAAAGAUGUAUACAAGCAUAAUCUGGUCUCCUUAUAUUUGAAGGAGUGCUGGAGGUGAAAUUUCAUGCAUGAGCUGUUAAAUGGGGUAACCAUCUUCUCUCUGAAUAAGAGUAAAAGAUCGCAUGGUAUUAUUUCAUUGAAGAGUAAGGGAGAUCUCUCUGGUUUCCUGCCCAAAAUACAUCACCCAAUGUUUAAAAAAAAGGAGAAUCUGGUCACUGCUGUGAAUGGAGCUUGUCGUGUAUAAAUUGUCACCCUAUAUGAGUGACUGCAGACCAAAUAUACAUCCAUGGAUUUAAAGCACUUUGAGAUGUCCUGAGAUUGUGAAAGGCAUUAUGCUUUACCAUCCUAGAAGUAACAAUAGCCCAUUGAGCUGUCAGGCACACUUUUCACCCUUUCAUCAUGGUUCUCCCAGCUGACUCCCAUCCACAUUAAUGGCAUACAUUCCACCAGAACUCCCUGAGGCACAUGCACCUACAAAGCAAGCUGUAUUCUCUGCCCCACCUGAAAAAAAACAUCAUUUCCCCAAACCAAUUCCCUUUUCCCUUACUCAGUGCCACAGUUAGUGUGUAACUCGGUUUCCCAGUAUGCGAUGCUUCUUCUAGUCGCUCUGUGCUCCAAUCCCUGCCACCAUCAUUAUUCUCCUUAAUGAGCAGUGAAGAUAAUGACGAUAUGAAUUACCAUGCAGGGACCAGAGCACAUUCCCACUGAUGAAUUGGCUGUGAUUCUUCCUAUGGAUGUAAUUUGGUCUUCACAUGCAAGUGCCUCAUUAGUAGAGAAUGACUUUUUAAAUUGUAGGGUCAACAUAAUAUAUCUCUCAUGAUUUCUGAAACUGAAACAAACUCAGGGUGGUGAUAUUAGCAAUAAGCAAUGUUAUGUCUUUCAAAAGAACAAUUGGCUAAAGAUGAGCUGCAAGUAAAUAAAAUUUCCCUGUGGACGUUAUCUGCUGAUUUCUCUAGAAUUGGUGAAUUUCCUUGCAGACGUUAUCUGUAAGAUA